CAGUUUCCGGUGCGCCAUUUUGAGCUGUCUGGCGCAAGUUCCACUGGGAAGAUGGCGGGUGAAACUGGUUGAGUUUUUGCGGUUUGCCAAAUAUGAGUUUCAUGUCAAUAACCGAAACACGUCGCGGCUGUUGAUUGUGCUAAAAGCUCGGUGGUGUGUUGAAGCGCUGUGCGCGAGGAGGAGAUGUCUGCCGAAGUCCUCAGACCCGGGCCGGUGGCCGGUGGAGGCAGUAAGCUAGGUGAGCUGAUCGGGAAGCUCCAUGAGUACUUGGCAGCAGCCACGGAAGACAAGACUGAACCUACUUUACCCGGACACUGGAAUGGAACCACGGCCAAAGAAUACUUGGAGCAGCAGGCUCACGCCCAGUCCAGUGGCCCCUCAGAAGUGGGAAUGUUGUCGUCAUCUCGUUCGAGAAGGAAACCGGCUGUUGUCACCAAACACAGCGGGAUGAACGAGUCAGACACUUCGUCUGAGAGUGGAGCAGAAGAUGGAAUGUCUGACCACUCCAGCGACCCAGACACCAACUUCCUACCCAAAGGAACUGUAUUUGUGCUACCGGAGCCGGUUAGUAAUGAAGCUCGUGAUGAUUUCCGUGGUCCAGAAUUCCGCAGCAGACGUGUUUACAAGCAGCAUAGGGACGGUGGUGACAGACGCAGAGGAGGAUAUGAGAUGGAGAGGGUAAACUGCACAGCGUGUGGUCAGCAGGUGAAUCAUUUCCAGCGUGACUCAGUCUACAGGCACCCUAUGCUCAAAGUCCUCAUCUGCAAGAGUUGUUUUAAGUAUUAUAUGAGUGAUGACAUCAGCAAAGAUUCAGAGGGGAUGGACGAGCAAUGCAGGUGGUGUGCAGAGGGAGGGAGUCUGAUUGGCUGUGAUUACUGCAGUAAUGCCUUCUGUAAGAAGUGUGUUCUGCGUAACCAGGGGAGGAAGGAGCUGUCCACCAUCCUGGAGGAAGAGAGGAAGUGGUACUGUUAUGUGUGCAGUCCCGAGCCAUUGGUGGAGCUGAUUUUGGCCUGUGAUUCAGUUCUAGAGAACCUAGAGCAGGCUCAGAAACGAGCCUCCCGUACUGAGCCAAACUCGGUCCGGGGGAGGUCUAAUAAGGCCUAUCUGAUGGGGGCAGGAGGCGGGCCGGUGCCCUCUGCAGGCCUUUACCAGCGAAUGCAGCGGUUUGUAGAUGUUGCCACAUCUCUGAGCCAUUCCUUCAAGGCAGUCGUUCAAACUGAAAGAGAGGAGCAAGGAACCCAAGAAGAGAGAAUUGGGCAGCUAAGGAUGUUCCGCGCUGUGCUGGAUGAUCUGCAAGCUGCCAACAGUACAUUACAGGAAUCCCUAGACCAUGAGCUGACUGGGUCCAAACGUGCCUGUGGAGUUGAAAGGCAUAAGCCAAAAGGGAAGGGCAGACAGAAAAAGGGAAUGUCAUCACAGAGCCCAGGACUCACUAAAAAGCUGGUGGUUAAACUCACUCCUGUACUGGUUAGCCCACAACCCAUCAGCAGUGCGUGUCUUUCCAUUCAUCCAUCACCUGACAGACAAAAGAUAAAGAGUGGGGUGAUAGAUGGAGCACUGGAAGAAAGAGGGACAUUGGUGGAGAUAGAAAAGGGGAUGGAAAUGGAGGGAAUGGCUGAGAGAGAAGAUGUGGAAAAAUAUUGUGUUAACCAUGACGAGGAGGAGGAGGAGGAAGAUGAUGAUGAUGAGGAGGAGGAAGAGGAAGAGGACCAGACUGACCAAAAAAAUGUGUCUUUAUCAGAGGAGAAUAAACGUUCUCCACGUGUGAAAACCACACCACGUCGGCGGAGGACGAACCCGAGCACCACAUCUGAGCACGCUGGUUUAGCUGAGGAUGACUCUGAUUCUGACGAGGUGCCUGAAGUGUUGCUCCAGACCGCUGCUGCCAUGGCGAACAGCGAGGAAGAGGGUUUGGUAGGUAGCAGUUGGGACGGGGAUGAGGUAAACCAGCACGUCAGAAAGCAGUGUCUCUUUGGACUGGUAAAAACCACACCUCCGGACAGAGGCUCUCGUAAGCGGAAUCUCAAAGAGAGAUCUUCAUCAUCCUCAUCAUCCUCUUCUGUGUCUUCAACGAGGGGCUCCCAGGUCCAGGGGUCAACAGUCAGAAUUACCAGGGGACGAGCCCACAAAGUUGCCAGGAUGUCGGGACAGAGUGGGAGUUCGUCAAGUGAGGUGGGAGGACAGGAACUGGAGAGUGGGCAGAGCAGUGACUCUGACGAUCAGAGGAUCAAACCGCUGACAGAGGGCGUCACAUUGCUGGGCUCUGGAAAUUUCCAGCAGUCUUCCGGUGAUGAGAUGGACAUCCAGCCAGGUCCGUCUUUGUCUGUGGAGGACGAUGAUUUAGAAAAUAGAAUUGCGAAGCAGAUUCUGCUGGCUCAGAUCAGAGCUAAUCUGUCCUCUGCUUCUGAGCUGGAUGCCAGCUCAGAUGAGCACUCAGAGAGCAUGAGAGAAGAGCAGAAGAAGAGCAAGAUCAGAACAUCAGAGACAACAAAAGAGGAAGUUAAUGGUGCUGUGGUGGCAGAGCUGGCCACAGUGAAGUCUGUGGCUGUUCGUGUUGAGCUGUUGAAUGACUGGUUUACGAAUGGUGGCGUAAUGAUCAUGGGUUAUGAGGUUUUUCGUACACUGACACACACAGAUAGUGCAAAAUACAGUGAACACAAAGAAGCCCUCCGCUCAAUGCUCCUGGAUCCAGGCCCUGAUCUGGUGGUAUGUGACGAGGGUCAUGUCCUUAGGAAUGCGGACUCCAGUAUCUCAAAAGCCAUGCGAGCUCUACGGACACGUAGGAGAAUCAUAUUGACGGGAACGCCGCUUCAAAACAACCUUACUGAGUAUCACUGCAUGGUGAACUUCAUUAAGGAGAAUCUGCUGGGCUCUCUAAAGGAGUUCCGGAACCGUUUUAUUAAUCCAAUUCAGAACGGUCAGUGCGCAGACUCCACCCCUGCUGAUGUCAGACUCAUGAAGAAUAGAUCGCACAUCCUCCAUCACUUAAUGUCAGGAUUCAUACAGAGGCGGGACUACUCAGUCUUGAUGGCCUGUUUGCCACCAAAGCACGAGUAUGUGCUGUCAGUCAGGAUGACGUCUCUGCAGUGUCAAUUAUACACACACUAUCUGCAGAACUACACAGGGAAAGGAGUAGGUGUGAACAAUUUGUUUCAGGACCUUCAUGUUCUGAGUUUGAUAUGGACUCAUCCCUGGUGUCUUAAACUUGCUCAGCUGAACAGGAAUAAGGGGAAAGAGGAAGUCUUCACAGGUCUGGGUGCAGGUUUGGUGAGCGAUUCUGUAAAGCCGAAUGACUCUGAAGGGUAUGCUGUGUUUCUGAUCAGAUUUGAAUAUUUCCUGUACCACUAAUGUGCUUCAUGCUUUUGUAAAAUAUCAGACAUCAAAGCUAGAGUAACUCUGAAUUGAAGAACAAAAAGACAUUUGUCUUUGUAAACAAUGUAAAUUAAAAGCAUUAUAGAAUAUUUUGUUUUGGAAGCAAUUGGUAAAUGUGAGACUGAUACGUGCAGGGCCGCCGCGUGCAUAUAGGCGAACUAAGGCGGCAGCACAGUCAGGGCGGCAAAAAGGAACUCUAAAUUAACUUCAUAGUAAUGCCGCUCCCGUGCUGUGCCCCACCUGAGCGGCGUCAAUAUCACAUGCAAAUCACCCUCGUGUACUUCCAUAAAUGUCAUCAAAAUGAAUAAAAUUCCCGCACAUGAAUGACCUUUGCUACUGGUGAUGUCUGAUGAGUUUUAAAGCCCGACACGCACUUCUGAACGGUAAGAUUAUAGCCUACUGUGAGAGAAAA